AUGUCUUCUGUCUGCGGUUCCACCCUGCAGGCACAUCGACAAACCUGGCCCACAAUCAAUACGGCUCCUUCUGUCGAAGACUCUCAGUCGAUUUUAAUUAUUGGACUCAUGAAUAUGAAUGGCUGUGCGGCGAUGAUCUUCAACAAGUCCCUGAUAAAUGGCCUGGACUUCCUCAGCAACUUGCAGAAUUUAUUCAAUGCCACCCCAUCUGCACGUCUCAUUGGCGUCACUGCCAGGGGGGGUGUGAAAUUAAAUUACUUUCUCUGCGAUAAUCCCAGCAUAAACAAAAACCACAAAGGGAGUGGCGAAGGGAAAAAGCGCACUGUAAUUACGGAAUAUCUCUGGACAAUCAAUGUCGAGGGAGCUUUCAGCGUGUCGGAUCUGAGCGAGGAUCUUGGCUACGUGCUGUACUCGGCUCUGGGCUCCUUCUACAUCCCCAGCUGCAUCAUGGUGUUCGUGUACAUCAGGAUCUACUUCGCUGCGAAGCGGAGAGCGAGAAGGGGCAUCAAGAAACCGCCCAGGAAGUCAGCCACGAAUGAGCAGGUGACCAGCUUCACGACCAGUCCAUGCAAAGCCGGGACACGUCCAAUGCCCUCAGUGCCUAGCACGGCGCCCAACACGCCGGUACAAACGCAGCCCGACCCGCCAAAGCUGCAGCCCUCGAUCGCGACGAUCGAGGCGCGCGCCAACACGGCCAACACGCCCUCCGUCAUGGCCAUCCCCAACAUCACGUGCGACUUCGCGUCGGACGUGUCCACGAGCGAGGCGUGCGACGCCGUGGACCCCAACUACGGCAAGGACACCCUCAAAGUCAGCACGAUCGUGACGACGCACGCGCCCGGCAUUCGCGCCUCGUCAAAUGGCACGGCGUCCAACGACAUGCCGACCACGGUCGGCCGAUGCAGGGCCCUGUCCGUGGGAAUCGACACGGACAUGGUCAGUGAAUUCGAUCCGUCGAGCUCGGACUCGGGCGUGGUGAGUAGAUGUGCAGUUGUAAAACCACUUAAGAUGAAACUUUGUCAACCAAUUUUCGGGAAAAAGAACCACCGCAAGAAGGACCCGCAAAAGCACACCCAAAUUCACAUGCACAAGCCCUCCGUGGGCGCCAUGGAGCUGGAGCCGGCGAUACCCAAGAUCCAGAAGCAGCGCGAUCCGGAGAAGGAGAAGCGACGCAUCGCAAGGAAGAAGGAGAAGCGCGCCACGCUGAUUCUCGGCCUGAUCAUGGGCAGCUUCAUUGCCUGCUGGCUGCCCUUCUUCUUCCUCUACAUCCUCACGCCGCUGUGCACAAAGUGCCAAAUACCCGAGUCCGCCUUCGCCAUCGCCUUCUGGCUCGGCUACAUGAACUCCGCCCUCAAUCCCGCCAUCUACACCAUCUUCAACAAGGACUUCCGGCGCGCCUUCCGCCGCAUCCUCUUCAAGUGAUGUUUGGCGUACGUGUGCUGCUACCGUUGCGUCUACAGGAGCAUCGAAAAGGCUACCGAACGGGCAAUGGGCAGCACACCGAUGGGCUAUGGCGGCUAUCUGGCGCGCCGCUAGACUCCCGCCGCACAACAACCCCAUCUGCGGAGGUCCGCCGGCCUGAAAUCAGCCAAAAGCCCUCCCCUGUGAUUCAACCACCCCCCCGCGAGCGGACCUCCAACUCUAGGCUAGCGAACUCGUCAAAUUCUGUGUAUCUGCGUGGAAGUGCAAGCGUGAAUGCGUGAUAGCCAAAGGUGAGAUUGCUCUUAGACAUAAUUCUAACACCAGCAAUAAAUAGAGAUCAUGUUGAGUUGUAACAGAGACAUAUUAAACAUUAAAUAGUUGAGCAUAUAUAGAAAAGGAUCUAAACACCAAUUACCGUAGUUAAAUAUUCCUUAGCUAAGUCUCGUAUUGAACUUUGAAUUUAGAGAUGGUUAAUGCCAAGAAAAGGAGAGCAAAACUUAUACAAAGAUGGUUUCCACAGUAAUAUAAGUGUACAGGAUUAUCUCCGCAGGAGGAUGCAAGAACCUCUCUUAUCAGUGUUUAUCGAAGUCUAUUUAAAUGUUAUGGUAUUGUAGGCAAGACGCAGAGGAUGUUAUGACGCAACAUUUCUCCCCCGCGGAGAGUCAUAAACGAAGUGUAGAAUAUUUGCAUAAUAAACAUAUUGAUGUUUAGACCAUAAAAAAAAAUUCUCGAUAGAUUGACAACUUUUGUUGAUUUUUUUUAUCGAUUUCUU